GUGGGUGAAUGGGGAAAGUCUUGCCGUUAAGCCGCUAUUAGAAGAUUGGGCCUCCUCCUCCUCCUCCUCCUUUUUCUCUUCUUUCUCCUGCUGACCGAACUCUCGUACGCCAGGGCGCCGAGGACUAUCUCCUUCGCUGGGAGAGGAGACGCCAACACCUCCUAGCCUACCUCCACCCCCCUCCCCCUUUCCCUUCCGUCUCCAUCUACUCCAUCUUUCUUCUUCAGCCACGACGCCGCAGGAGGUCACUAGGAGAAACCGCCAUCAUCUUGAAGAACUUUUUUUUUGCCAACGCAGUGUCAUUAUGUACCUGGAGAACACAAGCAACCUGGACCUGGAAAUGUCCCAGGCCUCUGCGCCGGUCCAUCAGGCCGCUGGAAAUUUCGGCGAGCUGCGUCUGCUGCAGGGGAUCUCGGAGCGGCUGGAGACACAGAAACUGCAGCAACAGUCGGCUGGUCUGCCAACGGGACAGUGCGUGAUCCACGCAGAGGCAUUCCUGCCCGUUCGACAAGAAGACGGGCACAAUUUUAACAUGGUGAAUAUCCUCAGCGGUAAAACAAAUUCAGCCAACAUCUCAGAAAGGUCGCCUUUGCUGAGGUUCUCACACGAUGACAGCAUGGCCUACAUGACUAUGCAUCAUCCCAGCGAGGAGCCUUGGGACAGCAGCGCCAUGGACCUGGAGAGGCGGUACCGAUUGGGUAGCGAGGUGACCAGUCUGUCCCUGCUGCGCUCCAACUCAUCCGACAAGAGCGACCACCUGGAGCAUCUCAGCCUUAGCUUCAAGCUAGCCAGAAGUGUCAAAUGCUGCUUCCGCAUCUCCAAAGUGGCCACCAUCUUCACCGUUGUUGUUCUGUGCAGUCUGUUCUUCAGCAUGUAUCCUGAUCGGGACAACCCUUGGAGAAUGCAGGCCGUCUCAUCAACCGAAAGCUUCUCAAUCAACCUGACGGAUUUCCGGGACAACGCUCUCCUCAAGCUGCAGGUGGGCGGGCCAUUCAGCCGCGGAGUGGUGGACUUGGACAACCAGGAGUACGUCCUCGUUCAGGUGGAGCAAACUGACCCGCCGGGCCAGAGGAGGAGGAGAGCACAGCAGGUGAUUUACAACUGGACCAUUCCUCUGCACAGCGAGCUUAGCGACCAGAUGGUAGUGACCAAAACAUUUGAGAUGCUCAGCAGCGACCCCAUCACGAUCACGGUGCAGGCCUUCAUGGCGGACGCCGAGGUGGUGCCGCUCUCCAUCACCCACCAGUCGCUCUACUUCAACGUGGAGACGCAGGUGGCCAUCGCCGGCAUCAUCCUGACGGGUGUCUACGUUCUCAUCAUCUUUGAGAUCGUCCAUCGCACUCUGGCAGCCAUGUUGGGAUCUUUGGCCGCCUUGUCCGCUUUGGCCAUCAUUGGGGACCGGCCCAGUUUGGUCCAGGUGGUGGAAUGGAUCGACUACGAGACUCUGGCUCUGCUCUUUGGCAUGAUGGUGCUGGUGGCCAUUUUCUCCGAGACGGGCUUCUUUGACUACUGUGCCGUCAAGGCCUACCGCUUCUCCAAAGGCCGAGUGUGGCCCAUGAUCAUCAUCCUGUGCCUCAUCGCCGCCAUCCUCUCGGCGUUCCUGGACAAUGUGACCACCAUGAUGCUCUUCACCCCCGUCACCAUCAGAUUGUGUGAGGUGCUCAAUCUGGACCCCCGACACGUGCUGAUUGCCGAAGUCAUCUUCACCAACAUCGGCGGCGCGGCCACAGCUGUGGGCGACCCACCGAACGUCAUCAUCGUGUCCAAUCAGGACCUGCGCAGACAAGGCAUCGACUUUGCCAACUUCACCGGCUACAUGUUCCUGGGAAUAUGCCUGGUCCUGCUCACUUCCUUCCCCUUCCUGCGCAUGCUCUACUGGAACAAGAAGCUCUACAACAAAGAAUCCAUCGAAAUUGUGGAGCUCAAACAUGAGAUUCUGGUGUGGAGGCAGACAGCCCAGCGCAUCAAUCCCGCCAGCCGAGAGGAGACGGCUGUCAAAUGCCUCCUGAUGCAGAAAGUCCUGAACCUAGAAAGUCUGCUGCGCAAGAUGAUGAAAACAUUCCAAAGAGAAAUUUCCCAAGAGGACAAAAACUGGGAGCAGAAUAUUCAAGAGCUUCAAAAGAAGCACAGAAUCACCGACAAGGUGCUCUUGGUGAAGUGCGCGUCGGUGCUGGCCGUGGUGAUCUUCAUGUUCUUUGUCAACUCUUUUGUUCCCAGCAUACACCUGGAUCUCGGCUGGAUCGCCAUCCUCGGCGCGCUCUGGCUUUUGAUCCUGGCCGACAUUCAGGACUUUGAGAUGAUCUUACACCGGGUGGAGUGGGCCACGCUGCUUUUCUUUGCUGCCCUCUUCGUCUUGAUGGAGGCUCUGGCCCAGCUGCAGCUCAUCGACUACAUCGGCGAGCAGACAGCCUUGCUAAUCAAAGCCGUGCCCGAGGACCAGCGCAUGGCCAUCGCCAUCAUCUUGGUGAUGUGGGUCUCCGCCUUGGCUUCUUCUCUCAUCGACAACAUCCCCUUCACCGCCACCAUGAUUCCAGUCCUCAUCAACUUGAGUCAAGAUGCGGAUGUGAACCUGCCCGUAAAACCUCUCAUCUUUGCCUUGGCCAUGGGAGCCUGCCUCGGUGGGAACGGCACAUUGAUCGGGGCGUCGGCCAACGUGGUCUGCGCCGGCAUCGCGGAACAACACGGCUACGGCUUCUCCUUCAUGGAGUUCUUCAGGUUAGGCUUCCCCAUGAUGAUCAUGACGUGCAUGAUCGGCAUGUGCUACCUGCUAGCCACUCACAUCGGACUCGGGUGGAACAUGUGAUCCAGGACUUGAAUUGACGCAGAAGAAAGACCACAAUCGGGGGGAUCUCAAUCUUAAAUGGUCUCUUUUGACCCCAAACAAGAACAAGAAGAAGAAAUUUCGGGCUUUUCCUCUCCUGAGUGGAAGGAAGAGGGCCAAAGCAGCAUUCGGCACUAUUCAAUUGUACCCCCCCUAUCAAAUUAAUGCCUUUUGUUCAAUAUGGCCUCACCUAUUAAACAGAAUAUUCCCCCAAUGACUAUUAUUGUUAAUAUUUAUGUUUAAAGGAACCAUAACACCCAUUUAAAGGGAUUUUAUAAUCAUGUGUAAUACUUUUGGGCACAUACCCGUCAAAUGUUCUUCUGUUGGCAGAGCUCAGAUGUAAGGUGCUUGAGCGGUGAUCUCGUGCGGAUGAUUUCUAACUUUAGUCGUGAUGGUGUCUCGUCAGCGGCACCACUUCAGAGGACACCCGCCCCCCCCCCGAACCCCCUACGCCCCUCCCUCGAGAGAUAUCAAAGAAAUAAAGUUGAUGGUGUUUUUAAAUUCUUUCAAA